AUGCUGCUUCACGGGUGCACUGUCCCUCAGCUGCCCACCUUUACUGCCUCCCUCGCCACUGCCACUACUCACGUGACCGCAGCAGCUGCUACGACAUCUUCACGGUCUCGGGGUAGGAGUUGCAAGAGGGGUGGUCAGGGUGCGGUCAGAGGCGGCGGAGGCUUUGGGGGUGACGUGGUGAGCGGCGGGGGUGGGAGUGCAGGGGCUGGAGGAGCUCCUCGUGCAGCGGCCGGUGACUCCACUGCAGCGGUUGGUGGAGGUGAUACCCGGCUCGUGGGUGUGUGGAUUAAGCCUUCUGGUGAGACUGCGGUUUGUGUUGACGGGGACACGUACGCGCCUCUCGCCACCUUUACCGUUGAGCCGGGCUUUGAUCUCUACACACUUCACACUGGCCCCCGUAUGCAGCAGCAGCAACAGCGGCUACUGCCCACGGCCCCUGUCCCUGCCCCCCGUCUGGUCAGUGCAUCUCACCAGGUUGCCGCGUCCCCCCAAGUAGCUGUGUCUAGUCAGGUUCCCAGGUCUGGUCCAGUUGUUUCGUUUUGCUCCUACUGGUCGCUUGCCCACCCCACGGUUUUGUGGCACCACCAGAUGGGGCACCCGUCCCUUCCUCGUUUGCGUGCUAUGUCUAGUCAGCGUCUUGUCUUAGGCCUCCCGCGUGUCUUGCUGUCGCUGCCGCCUUCGCUUGCACCACUGUACGGUCCCUGCAUCGAGGGUCGGCUGCGCGCCACCCCUCACUCCUCCUCCCUUCGUUCGGCCACCAAGCCUUUUGAGACGCUCCACUUGGACGUUUGGAGCCCCGCCUCUUGCCUUGGCCCAAAGCGUGAACGUUUCUUUCUGGUGGUCGUUGACGACUACUCCCGCUACACCACUGUGUUCCCCCUGGUGAAGAAGUCUGAGGUACGCCGCUCACCAGCUGAACCUCUGGCCACGUGUCUCUCGGCCAGAGGUUUCACCGACUCGUAUUUGGACUAG